UCAGUAGAACAGACCGGAAUACCACUGCAAACUGGAAGAUGUCCUUCAUAAAAGUAGAUGCCAAGUCUGAUUUCUCCUUCCACAACCUGCCUUAUGGAGUGUUCUCUACACCAGAUAACCCCAGACAUCGCAUUGGGGUUGCAAUUGGAGAUCAGAUAUUGGACCUUAGUGUGAUGAAGCCUUUGUUCAGAGGACCCAUCCUGUCCAAAUAUCAGCAUGUCUUUGACCAGCCCACGCUCAAUGCAUUCAUGGGUUUGGGUUAUGAGGCCUGGAGGGAAGCCAGGAGGACCCUGCAGGUCCUGCUGUCAGCCAGUGAGGGCACUCUGAGAGACGAUGUCAGCCUCCGGACCAGGGCGUUUGUCCAUCAGAGCACAGCCACUAUGUAUCUUCCUGCAGAAAUCGGGGAUUACACUGACUUCUACUCCUCCAGAGAUCAUGCCACCAAUGUCGGCAUCAUGUUCAGGGGGAAGGAGAAUGCCCUGAUGCCCAACUGGUUGAGGCUUCCGGUCGGGUACCACGGCAGAGCAUCAUCAGUUGUGGUUUCUGGGACUCCCAUCCGCCGGCCCUCAGGACAGAUGAGGCCUGACCCAACCAACCCUCCAGUGUUCGGACCGUCAAAGCAGUUGGACAUUGAGCUGGAAAUGGCCUUCUUUGUCGGAGGAGGGAAUCGCUUAGGAGAGCCAAUCCCCAUAGAGAGAGCCCAUGAACACAUCUUUGGCAUGGUGCUCAUGAAUGACUGGAGUGCACGGGACAUCCAGGCUUGGGAAUACGUUCCUCUGGGUCCUUUCCUGGGGAAAAACUUUGGGACAACCAUCUCACCCUGGGUCGUGCCCAUGGAGGCCCUGCUGCCUUUUGUUGAGCCCAACAUCGUCCAGGAGCCUGAGCCCCUCCCCUACUUGCGGCACGACGAUGCUUACACCUUCAACAUUAAUCUGUUCGUGUCGCUAAAAGGGGAAGGCAUGGCAGAGGCAGCAACCAUAUGCAAGUCUAAUUUCAAGUACAUGUACUGGACUAUGAAGCAGCAGCUUGCCCAUCACACAGUCAAUGGCUGCAACGUGAGACCAGGAGACCUGCUGGCCUCGGGUACCAUCAGUGGACCUGACCCAGAGAGUUUCGGCUCCAUGCUGGAGCUGUCAUGGAGGGGAUCUAAGAGCAUCGAUCUGGGCGCAGGAGAAACCAGAACCUUCCUGAAGGACGGAGAUGACGUCUCCAUCACAGGUUACUGUGAAGGAGCUGGAUACAGGGUUGGCUUUGGAGCCUGCACGGGAACCAUUCUUCCUGCCCUUCAACACUGACACACACACACACACACACACACACUUAUCUCACCCUCCAUAACAUCUCUGCUUUUCUUUGACCUUCACCAUCGAGAGGAUGGACGAGGACUACUGCCAAAAUAUGACCCACGCACUCAAAUACUUACACACACACACACACACACACACACACACACACACAAACCUAUUUUCACUGAUGUCUUAUCAAUUUUAGUUAAUAAUUGAUGACCAUUUCUCAGAUUCAUUAGAUAUUGGUCGUGAGGGUUUGGAGUUUUAAGGUGACCUUGUUACUGAAAUAUUCUACUGUCAGAGGAUCCUCCUCCUCCUUCAGGUCAAACUGUUACAACAUGUCCUCCAUAUCAUACCACCACAUAGGUUGUUGUUCCUACCCUUUGAUAUGACCCUGAGCUCGCUAGGCACUAAAAACACCUGGUUAAGGUUAGGAAAAGGUCACUGUAAAGGUGAGGGAAU